CACGAAUACAAAGAGCCAUACGACCUUCGGAUGCCGGUGGGUAUUUUGGAGUCCCCUCUCUCUUCCUUAGGUUGCCGUGGGGGGUUCCAUGCUGGGGUACAGGAAGACUGCCUUCAAACCCCUGAAACUGUCUUCAUCAGGAAGGCCUUUUUAGGCACCCCCUUUUCAGUAAGGGGUGAACGUGACCCCCAUCGUGCGGUGCUGGGGAACACAAGAUCUGCAGGCUGAGGAGAGGCAGCCAUGGACUGUGUGCCCCUUCAAGACUUGCCUGCUCCUUCACAGAACCCACUGCCUGGUGCCCAGGCUCCUCGGGCCACCCUCCAUGAGAAGGGAGAGUGAAUGCAGAGAGGCCAGUGCUUCUACCAAGCUUGUGGAGCCCAGUCCACCCGGGACACACCUCUUGGAGCAGUCGGGCAGGGUGAGCCUGGUGGCUACUGCUCGGGUCAGCCAUGUCCUUCAGCGCCACUAUUCUCUUCUCCCCACCCGGCGGCAGCGAGGCCAGAUGCUGCUGCUGUGCCUGUAAGAGCGAGACCAGCGCGGGCAGCACCAGCUCGCAGGGCGGGAACCCUCCUGCCAGCACCCCUAUCACGGUGACCGGACACGGCCUGGCAGUUCAGAGCUCAGAGCAGCUCUUGCAUAUUAUCUACCAGCGCGUGGACAAGGCGGUGGGUCUGGCCGAGGCUGCUCUGGGUCUCGCCAGGGCCAACAACGAAUUGUUAAAACGUCUCCAGGAGGAGGUGGGGGAGCUGAGGCAAGGGAAAGUGCCCGCCCCUGAGGAAGAGGGGGACAGCCCGGCACAUGGUUCCCCUCCUGAGGAGCAGGGGCCCUUCAAGGAGAGCCCCGGGGAAGCCUGCAAGACUGUGACUGCCGCGGAGGAGUGUGACAUGGCGGGCAGCGGCGUGCAGGUGGUGAUGGAGGAGCUGCCGCAGCUGGGGGCAGCCUCGGCCGGGGGGCCUGGGCCUUUGGGCUUCCCUGGCACCCAGAGGGACCUGCGGCUCCCAGGAUGCUCCCUGGCUGCCAGUGAGGGGCCCCCAAUCCUCAAUCCUCUGGUGGAUGAUUAUGUGGCCUCUGAGGGUGCAGUACAGCGAGUGCUGGUCCCUGCUUACGCCAGGCAGCUCUCACCAGCCACACAACUGGCCAUCCAGUGGGCAACCUCAGAGACAGGGCCAGAAAAUGGAACCAAGCUGCCACCGCCCAGGCCUGAGGAUAUGCUCAGUGCUGCUGCUGCUCUGGAUGGUGCCUUGGAAGAGUCAAGCCCUGGGGGAACUGGGGAGCUGAGACACUCUCUAGGAUUUACGGCUUCCCCGUGCAGGACCAGAGGGACUGGGCAGAAGAACUCCAGGCGCAAGCGGGAUCUGGUACUUUCUAAAUUGGUCCACAAUGUGCAUAACCACAUCACCAAUGACAAGAGGUUCAAUGGGUCUGAAAGCAUCAAGUCAUCUUGGAAUAUUUCAGUAGUGAAGUUCCUUCUGGAAAAGCUCAAGCAGGAGCUGGUGACCAGUCCCCACAAUUACACUGAUAAGGAGCUGAAAGGAGCAUGUGUAGCCUAUUUCCUUACUAAGAGGCGUGAGUACCGCAACUCCCUGAACCCUUUUAAAGGCCUGAAGGAAAAAGAGGAGAAGAAACUUCGAAGUCGCAGAUACCGGCUUUUUGCCAAUCGGUCCAGUAUCAUGAGGCAUUUUGGACCUGAGGACCAGCGCCUGUGGAAGGAUGUGACAGAAGAGCUGAUGUCAGACGAAGAGGACAGUCUCAAUGAGCCAGGUGUCUGGGUGGCCCGGCCUCCCCGGUUCCGGGCCCAGCGCCUCACUGAGCUCUGCUACCACCUGGAUGCCAACUCAAAGCAUGGCACUAAAGCCAACCGUGUGUAUGGGCCUCCUUCAGACCGAUUACCUUCAGCUGAGGCCCAGCUUCUCCCACCAGAACUUUACAAUCCUAAUUUUCAAGAAGAGGAAGAUAAGGGAGGGGAUGAGAAUGGACCUGUCUCCCCCUCUUUUGACCAACCCCACAAAACCUGCUGCCUUGACUUGAACUCAUUCAUAGAAAUCAAGGUGGAAAAGGAUGAGUGAAAUCUAUAACCUAGACCGAGUCCUGCCGCUCGUCUUGUCUCAGCAGUGGGACUCCCCAGAAUAACGGAUGUCCUGUACAAUCUGAGAAAGCAAACCUGCCUCUCUUCUUAACACAGGCCCCACUGGAAGGGGAAGCUGGCCGCUCUGGUGGGAUUAAAAAAAGAAGGGACACAUCUAGAAGCGAGAAAAUUCCCCCCACUGUGAAUGACAAGACAGACAAUGCUUAUUCCUAAGCAUAAACAGUGCCUCAGAGGAAUCUGGGAUGAGAAAAGGAGGAUGGGUCUAAGAAACAUGAGGCCUUCUUAACAUGUGCCCUGGUCUCUGAGUUGUUUUUCCCCAUUUCCCUCAAAGCCCUGGGGAAGCAGCUGUGUUGUACCUCUGCUUCCCCAGCACUGCUGGUCUUGCUCUGCAGUGGAAGCAGCACUGAAGCAGUCCAGGGUAACACUGCCACCUGGUGGGCAGCUUUGGCCAUGGGCUGAGUCUUCUGAGUAAGGCACUGUUUGGGAAUUGAGAUCUAGUUAUAAUAGCUAUUGUUUAUUGAAUUAUAUAAAGCAGAUUUUAUUAUUCCCAUCUUACACAUGAGGAGAUUAAGGCUUAAAGUGUUCCCACAUCUCACCUGCAGGUGCUCUCCCACCAUGGGACUAAGCAGUAUAGAUAGGGCUUUGUAGCUAUUUCUUAGUCCUGUCAGCCACGCUGUAUUUUGAUGAAGGUGUGUGUGCACACGCACAUAUAGGCACGCACACACUCACGCAAAAUAUGUGCAUUUUGUAUGGACAAAAUAUAUUGACUGUCUACUAGGUAUGAGGUAUUGUGCUAGGUGCUAUGGAUAUACUGUUCGCCAGUUAGUGACCAGAGGCUUUAUUGUCCAGUCAGGAAUCCAGGCAGUUAAAUAGGCAAUGAAAUGAACUGUGAUUAGGGUGAUGGCAGGGGAGCAUGGGGUGCAUUGGCAGCGUACAGCAUGGAGAGCUAGCCUACUCUGGCAGUCUGGGAAAGUUGCUUAGAGCUGUGUUCAGACUGAUACCUGACAGCUGGGGAGGAGUUAACCACAAAGGAAGGGGAAGCCAGGAGCCAGAAGAAUGUUCCAGACACAGGCAACAGAAAGCACAAAAGUCCAGAGGCAAGAGAACACACAGACAAGGUGAAAUUUCACUGCAGAACAAUUUGGGGAGGGGAAGAUGCUGAGAAAAGCUGGAGAGGUAUAGAGACCUUAUAAAAUAAAUAGUACAGACUUUAUAGUUCAAGGGCAAUGAGAAAUCAUUGAAAAGUUUGAAACAGGGAAACCAUAUGAUCAGCUUUGUGUUUUAGAAGCAUUACUUGACCUCAAAUGUAAGAUGGGCUGGAGGAAUAAAGUCUUGGCGGGGAGACUUUUGCAGUGGUUCAGAGAGAAAAGCUGCCAUAUACAAUGGAGAUGAGGAGAGGGCAGAUUUGAAAAAUAUUUAGGAAGACUUGAUGGGACUUGGUUGGAUCUGAGGUUCGGGAAGAGGACAUAAAGUUUUUGGCUUAAGCAGCUAAGUGGUGCCAUUUACUCAAGGAAUACUGGAGGAGCCAGUUUCGGGAGGUAGGGGAGAUGAAAUCAGGUUAGGGUGUUUUAUAUCUCAGACAACCACGUGGACAUGUUAGUUGUCAGUUGAGUUUUUAAGUCUAAGAAAAUCUGGGCUAGAGAUAUGUAUUUGGGAGUCAUCUGUGUAUAUAGGUGGUAAUUAAAUCAUGGUGAUGGAGGUUAGGGCCCAUGGGCUCCUGGCUCCAGUUCAGACUAUGGAAUGGUAUGAGCACUACUGGUGCAUGCCCCAUCUUUGCACCUUUCUGCUCACUUGUCUCUGCUUCUUUAGCCCUGAAAACAGGUCAUUCAUCCCAACUGUGCUCACUGCUGCCACCACCAACUUCUGGACUGGGCUUCUCAGUUUUUCAUAAGUUAUUCCCAUCCUCACCCCAGAGGAGCAACACUUCCAAAUAUUAGAAGCUGGGUGGAUAGGUCAGAUGUAAGUAAUUAAAAGGAAGAAUCCAUGUUCUCUUUUUCCACCAGGAGGCAGGAAAGGAGGGAGAGCUUUAUAGUUAAUGGAGGCUUACAGCAGGUUCUGGAUGUGACUUGACAGACAGUUCCCCUUCCUAGGAAUGCCCUCAGUUCUCCUGCUACCUAUUUUGACAGUAAAGGCUCCUUUGGGUGAAAGAAAAGCUAUGAAUCUGAAGGGGGAAACAGAGAGGCUGAUUCUCUGGAGAGAUGAGAUCAGGGAGACAGUGCAGCUAGGACAAAGCAGCCAAAUGGUUUGUGCUAAAUUAAUUUCCCCAAAUAUAUUAGUCACCUUUCCUAUCCCAUCUCUUAAGGCUACACUAAGAUUGUAAAAGGUGUUCAAAAUGUUGAGAUGAAAAUAAUAUGCACGAUUUGUUUGCAUAUAAUUCUCAUACUCAUUUACUAUCUAAAUACAAAGGAGUCGUUUUCUUUCUCCAGUUUUCUUCCCCUGACUCUUGCUAGCCUGGGCAAACUGCUAGCCUGGGCAAAGUCAGCUGGCUGGCAUUUAAUGAGAUACGUUCAGCCUCAGCCAUGGCUCCUUUUAUUUAUUUUUUUAUCUUUCUAGUAUAGUCCAUAUUAACCACUUUUCCUUUUCCACUCUGAUUGUUUUGACUUGCCAUUGUCUCCAAACAACAUUUCCUCCUCUUCCUUCCUCUUAAUACUUACUCUUCCUUGCCAUUCUCCUUUGCGCCAAACCAAGGCGGGUAGAGGCUUUCGCUAGACCUAAAACCUGGUCUAUACCCAGAGCCACCUGAAAUACUUGCUAAAAAUCUCAUUUCCCAACACCAGGGGGUGUUUGUCCACCCCUCUAUCUGCCCUACCCUGAACGCAGAGCUGGGGCUCAAACCUUUUCCUCCCUCUUUUCCAUAGACAUCAACGCUCCCUCCCGGCACAGAGCUUUGGGUUGAGAAAGUGGUGGCUCUUUACUGCAGUUUAUCUGUUUGCCUCUCAUUCUCUAAUUAUUUUUUCUUAUCCCGGUCAUCCUUCGGUCCCCCCACCCCAUCCCCUUAGCUCUGGCCCUCCCUUUCUAUCACUCAGUCCCCACCUCCUCUCUACGAGGGCUCUCUCGCCGUUCUGGGCUCUUCACCGAGCGCCUCUUAACCUCUGCAUGCAUCUACCUUUCUCCCCCCUCCCCGCAUGCCCCUUCCCAGCCAGCCUCUGCAGCACCCCCACUGCUCCCCGAACUAGGAACAAAGUCCCGGUGUUUGCGCAGAGCCAGCCUCGCGCCUCCCGAUCUGAGGCCGGCAUUCCACAGUGCCCCUCCGCGCA